CACAUGGACACAGACACACGAACACUUCUUGUGCUCCUUUUUGUGGCUCAGGAUGAGGCGUUUGAGGUAAUUGGAUGAAUCGCGUAUUUGUUUGGUAAUACCGCAUCUUCAACUCAAAGCACAAUAUGGAUAUUUUAAAAAGCGUAUAUGGCACAUAUUCCUACUUUAACAUGUUUACAUCAACUUAUCCAGAGACAAACGGCUUUUUGGAACUUUCAGUUUAUUGCUUUGGGAUUUCUAAGUAGAACAACUCCAAUAAAAGCAUCAUAUUCUACUUUUUCCAGCAGCAAUAAGCCACUGUUCCUCUGGAGGUUGGUGGAGAACAAAUCUGAGCUUUACGGAGAGUGAAUUUCCGACUUAUGUUCAUUAUGUCACCUCAAAACACGUCUGAAUGCCAAUCACCUGUUUCUGCUUGUGAUUAAAUAGACAACACAUCAGCUUUAUAAGGUGGUAUGACGUCAUGGCCGAGCUCUCAGCUGGAUGAGUAUGUUUAUGGUGGUUUAAUCAAACUAGAAUAACCACAAACUUAUUAAUGAAUACAUUAUGCAUAGAGGAAGGGGAAGGGGGGGGGGUGUUUAUGCUUUUUGUUGACCUGCAGGUCACUGGCAUUGAUUUAGAACAUUCUAGAAAUCAGUAUUUCAUGAACAAACAAGCCUCUAAAAGCGGUUUCCUUUCACCAAGCACAAACUAAUAUGCAUUAAAUAUCUCAUACUGACAAUAGUCUGAUGGAAUCCCAUUUUAAUUUAAAAUAUGUGAAGGGGAGUUGUGUCUUCACGUGUAAAUCAGGAAGAAAAAAAACGGGAUUCCAACGAUGAAAGCGAGCUAACGUAAACUCACGCGCACUCCCGUCUGCCUUUACUCAUUUAAAGUGAACACGGGGCGUAUACUUUCACAUUAAUAUUGUAUUUUAGUCGCGUAAUGUUUCUUUUCACGUGUCAUUUUUUUUGUUGCCUUCAUUUUUGUUGAGAAAUAUUGACAUUUGUGUGUUUUUUUUGUUUUUUUGAUGGACGCGUUUCCGGCUCGGCGCACUUCGCACAAGCGACGUGUAAAUAGGGGUGGCCACUAACCGGAAAGAGGGGAAGGCCUCUCCUAAUGUACUUCUUUUUUAUUUUCUCGCACCCUCACGCUCAACCGAGACCGACGUAAUUGUAUUUUAUCCACAUCGGUAGAAGACCGGCGGGUUUUUUCCUCAUCUUUUCCCCGCUGUCGCGACACCGCCACCCCUCGUCUUCUUUUUUUGUUCGACGGUCCUAAUGUCCGAUCGUCCAGCUGAUCGCUUCGAGAGCCGUUCAAUGACUCCGGUUCAAACGGAGCCGUUUGUUUGACUUAACGGAUGGUUGUGUUGCGGCCGAGUGGGGCCGAGUUCGCCACCUUUUUCUUUUCCACCGACUUGUGGCCUUUAAAAGAAGAAAAGGAAAGGACUUAAUUUUUGUUUUUUUUGUUUAACUUGACAGUUGGGGAUUUUUUCUUCUUCUUCGCUUCCCUUUCAGCCUCCGCCUCCUCCUCACUGAACGACUAGGCCGCGGACUCAUCCCCGGCCUCGAGUUUCCGACACACGGAGCUUUUCUUCUUCGUCUUCUCUCCUUCGGAAGUCAUGGGAGACACCAGUGAACGAAGCAAAGCCCAGAGAUUACCUCCCCGCUGCCCCUGUGGAUUUUGGGGGUCCAGCGACACCAUGAACCUCUGCUCCAAGUGCUUCACCGACAUCCAGAAGAAGCAGCCGGGGGAGGACUGCCCCCCCGAGCCCCUCCAGAGCAGCGGCGGCAGCCAAUCGUCCGUCUUCAGCAGCGAGACGACCACCAGCAGUAGCCCCUCCCCUUUGUCGUCGCCCUCCGGCUCCGAGCAGCCGCCGGCCGAAGAGCCCUCGCCAACGUUCACCGGGGACGGAACGGCUCGAGGCUCAAGCUGCACCCCCACAAAACGCCCUCGAGAAUCAGCGCCGGGCGCCGAGUGCGAGGCGACGCCGGAGAAACGACCGCGGGCGGACGAGGAGGUGAAGGAGGAGGAGGUGGGGGGGGGCAGCGAGGAGGCGCGCGGGACCCCGACGCAGAAGAACCGGCGGCGCUGCUACCGCUGCCAAACCAAGCUGGAGCUGGUGCAGCAGGAACUGGGCUUCUGUCGCUGUGGCUACGUGUUCUGCAUGCUGCACCGGCUCCCCGAGCAGCACGCCUGCCUGUUCGACCACCUGGGCCGCGGCCGCGAGGAGGCGGUGCUCAAGAUGGUGAAGCUGGACCGCAAGGUGGGCCGCGCCUGCCAGCGCAUCGGGGAGGAGUGCUCCUGAUGGGGGCGGGGCCUCCAGCUGCAGAGGAGGAGGAGGAGGAGGGAGAGCGAGGAGGAAUGACUGAUGUGGGGAGGAAGAGGAGGAGGAGGAGGAGGAGGACCCACUGUUGUCACCUCCUGCAUCUGACCCCCCGACCCCGGACAAUUCUGGAUCUGAUACUCCACUUCCUAUGUUGGAGUGUGCGCUCUGGAGGACACACACACACACACACACACACACACACUCCUCAGGUCGUCAUGACGGGGUUGGAGUAUCAAACCUCCUCCUCCUCCUCCUCCUCUUGUAUUUAAGGAUUUCUUCCAGUGUGUGUGUGAGGCAGAUUUUUUCUUGAACCCUCGUGAGGUCGUCAUGGCGAUCAGGACAAUACAGCCGAUCCCUGCCUCUGCUCACAUGUUGACUAAAACCACAAUGAGAGCCAGCCCCCCCCCCCCCCAAACAACAACAACAACGAGUCCUUCUAAAGAACAGCAUUCCUCAGUCAGGAUGGUAAAUGACGUACUGCCCCUUUAAAUUGUCCUUUAAUUUAUUUGUUAUUUAGUAUUUCGUGGGGAUUUAAGUUAAUUUAUCAGAUCCGGGGGGAAAAAAUAAUUCUUGAAAUGUUCUAAUUUCCUUUUUCCUGUCGUCGUCUCCUAGUUCCCUAAAGGAGAGAGGGCGCGUUUAGUUUGUCAGUUUCAUCCGUGAUGUCAUGUUCAUGCAGCACAAGUGUGUGUGUUUUUUUGUUCAAAGAAAAAAUCUUAUUCAGGUGUGUUGAAACAUGGAUGUCAGACCCCCCCCCACCCGCUCCAUAGGCCCCGCCCCCUCAUGACAUCAAGGAUUCAAACUGUUCUGCUAUUGGCUGCAGAAUUUAAACCUGGAUUUGUUUUAAGAAUUAUUAUUUUUGGCUUUUGUUUGCGCCACGACUCGACCUGGACUCUGUGGUACGCACACACACACACACACACCUACACACACUCACCUACACACACACACACACACACUCACACCUACACACACUCACCUACACACACUCACACCUACACACACUCACACACACUCACCUACACACACACACUCACUCACCUACACACACACACUCACACACUCACCUACACACACACUCACCUACACACACGCACUCACACCUACACACACACUCACCUACACACACUCACUCACCUACACACACCUACACACACUCAUCUACACACACCUACACACACUCACCUACACUCACACACCUACACACUCACCUACACACCUGCACACACACACCUACACACACACUCACCUACACACACGCACUCACACACACCUACACACACACCUCCUUCCUCUCCUCAAGGUGUAUUCUUACCUUUUUUCCUCCUUUCUUUCUGGAUUAUAUGAUGUUUACGUGCCGUUCGUGGUUUCUCCUCUUCAGGUACGGAGUCGCCGUUGAAAUUAAUUCACAGAAAUGAUCUUCAAUUUUCAAUUUUGAAGAAAAAAAUGAAGCGGUCGAUUUUGGGGGAUUUAAUUUAAUAUUUUGUUUCUGAUGACCUUUGGGGGUCGGCGACGCCUCCUGACCUCCUGACCUGACACCACUUAACUUAACUAUGCUCAUCCUCUCCCGGUCGCGUUUCCUCUCCUCCGCCGACAUCUCACUCGUUUCCUCUUUUUGACAUUGUUGGAAAAACUUGUUCCUAAUUUUUAUUUGUGUGCUGAUGAAAUGGAAUAUCUUUCUUUUUUUUUGUUACGCAAAACAAUAUUUAACCUUAUAUCAGUUUGAGUUACUUACACCUAGCAUAGAGUGGCAUAUUUAGUUACAUGUAUAAAUAAAGUUUUAAAAAGCAAGAACAUAAUUCUGUCCUAAUUUCUCUUUUAAAUUUAUUUAACCAUUUUCCAUUUUCUGCUGAGGUAAAAUAUACUGGAUUAGAGGAUGUGUGUGUGUGCCCCCCCCCCCCAUGAUUACAGUUGUUUGAAACCCUCUGACAAUAAACAAUGAACAAAAUAUCAGUUAUUAUUGUUAUUAGCUUAAAAGUCUAAAAUGAUCUGAAGUGGCUACGUUGUAAUAUGAGAUCCUUUUAACUUCUUGUAAUAAAAACAUUUCUUUUUCAAAUCUAGAACCAAAAA